UGUGUGUGUAUGUGAGUGUGAGGUUCCCAGCCUGCUCCACUGCGGCCUUGUGUUUUUGUGUUUUGGAGUUGUAUAUCCUCGGGUCCUCGGCGCUGUUAUCGCAGCUCGGUCGGCGAUAUUCAGUACAAUGUCUGUUCUAUAGUCGUGUGUUAGGGCUCGCAGUGCAUGGAUAAAUACAGUAUCACUUGAUUGCGGGGUAGGAAGCGUCGUGUUUUCGCGUGUUCUCGUGUCUCCGUGGUUUUUAAACCACACAGAGGAACAAAGCUAGCUGGUGUUCUCUGGGUAGCUAGGCUAGCUGGCGUAGCUGCGGUGCUCGGUCGGUGGGUCGGUCUGCUGUGCUAAGCUAAACAAAGCUGAGCUAAGCUAAACUGCGCUGGGCUGAGCUGUAACUAGCUAUAAUGCUAACGCCGUUGAUGCUGCUUCGCUGUGUGUAGCUGUUUGUUAGUUAGCCUAGCGCUGGCAUUAGCAGGUGUUCAGUGUCCGUAUCGCUAUAAAUGUUCAGACACAUUGACCCGGUUCAGUCCUGCACUUUCUGCUGCUGUAUACGAUUUAACGAAGGCUUAAAAAGACUUAGCAGAACCUGUAAAAGCAUCGACUGACUCUCUUUCUUCGCACAGACCAGAGUUUCGUGUUUGUUUGGCCAAACUGCAGUGACCCAGUUGUUGUUCUGCAACUCUGAGACUUCUGCAUUAAAUCACGAGUUAAUGAACCUAACAUAGCUAGCUACUAACCCUUAACUUUCUUUUUUAACGCGCUUUAUUAGUUAUUAGUUAAAUUAAGUGCUCUAUCUCUUUGUUACAUGAAGUGACUGCUAGCUGCAUAUUUAAUUACUUUCAGUUGCUGCUCAUUUGCACUAGCUGUUAAAUACCUGCACUGAAUAUAGACGGAGUGGCAUUAGUUCGUGAAGUGCUUCCUCAGUUACCUGAAGUAUUUAUUUAUUUGGAUUGAAGAGUUACACGUUUUCAAAAUCAGCAAAGCCCAAACACAAUGUUUCGCUAUCUGGAUGACGUUGAUGACAGUGCGUACAUGAUGGAUCCAUUUGCAGCACACCGGCACCAAAUGAGGAGCCUGUUUGGCCCAUUUGGCUUUGAGCCUUUUCCCCUGACUCCUCAGAUUCAGUCUCCAAGAACACACCUGCAGCCACAGGCUGGAGCUUUGACUCCAUUUGGCAUGAUGGGAAUGGGUGGAGGCUUCAUGGACAUGUUUGGGAUGAUGGGAGAGAUGAUGGAGAACAUGGAGAGGAUGUCUGGUUCUCCGAGCUGUCAGACCUAUUCGUCCUCCACAGUCAUCUCCUACUCCUCUACUGACCUAGGAGCACCCAAAGUCUACCAGCAGACCAGUGAAGUCCGCACCGCUCCUGGAGGGAUCAGAGAGACGCGCCAGUCUCUUCGUGAUAGCGCGAGCGGUAUGGAGCGGAUGUCUAUCGGCCACCACAUUGGAGACAGAGCUCACGUGAUGGAACGUUCCAGAAACCGCCGCACAGGAGACCGAGAGGACAGGCAGGACUUCAUCAACCUGGAGGAGAGUGAGGCCGCUUCAUUUGAUGAAGAGUGGAGGAGAGGGUUGGGCCGAUAUGCACCUCCCAAUGUCCGUGGUCUGGAUUAUGGGCGGGACCGCAGAUUGGGAGCAGGGCAACUGGCCUUGACUGCACCUCCAAACUCCUCCUCUCCAGCACCCCAUCACGAGUCACCCCGACAUCCUCCUCGCCCUCGUUACGACUGGUGAAGGAGCUGAGCUGUGGGACCAUGAUCUACCUGACGCUGUGAAGGAGAGUGUUUGGGAGAACUGGACUGGACUGAUAUCCUGUAUGAGCCACAUGUUGACCUGCAUCCUGGCAUGAAGUGUGUAUGUGCAAGUUCAAAUGUUUGACUGCUGCAGUGAUGUACAGAAUUAAAACUUUCAUGUGUUAGCUUCAUGCCAGGGCUCGAUUCCCAAAGCAUACACACCAGCCUUCAAUACAUUACCUGUAAGCGUAGUAUGCAUCAGUGGUUCAACUCCUCAGUCCCCCUGUGACAUUCUACACACACACACACAUACACACACAUUCUUAAACUGAAUAUAAGUUCAUUCCCAUGCUUCCAACACUUAGAUAUUAAAAUAUGUAAUACACUACAGCACAACACAAACACACACACACACACACACACAGUAAAGUUCCUAAAUGUUUGUGUUGUUGACGCCAUGGUAAUAUGUGGGUUGAAUUGUACACUGUUGACUAAUUAACCUUAUUAACAAAUAAUAAAAUCUUGUUAGUUAAA